AUGGCUGUGUUAAUGCCCUCUGAAUCUGCACUCAAACUGUUCGCUGAAGCUUCUUGUUCACCUGCUCCCUACCAGUCCGCUAUUGCUGAUCACAAAAGGACAUCCACUACAUCAGACAAUCUAGCUCCUCCUCCAUCACCGUAUCCUCAACAGGUGGAUCCUUCACCAACCGAUUCCAAUGGCACAGAAAGUACGGAUAUCGAGGAGGACGCUCAGGACGAGAUCGAGAAUUCCACGAUUGAUGAUGCUGUUCAGUACAGUCGGCCGCAGAGUCGAGAAAACCUCACUAAGCUGGACAUGAAUGUCGCCACACAUUCACGUUCGAGCUCGGACGAAGCACCUACGUCUGUAAUACAUGUGCCCACUGGAUUCGGAGAACUUGGUGAUACGAGUCAAUUGGGCUCAGGUAGCGGUAUACGCAUGUCAGAUCCUGCCUCUUCCUAUGAAAAUACAUCUCCAAGCACCCCCGAUGCGGCUCUGGGACCCGAAGACAAGCGGCUAUCGUCCAUGACUUCACCUUUGAACACGAAUUUACCGAUCGAGACCGAAUUUGAUAGAUUUACGCCACGAGCUCAAACCCGGCAAGAGAUAGAAGACGAAUAUAAAAGUCGAUCUAGACGCACGUCAAGCCUUGAGGAUAUUCCAGAAACCAUUGCUAGUAGCGCUUUUGUCGGUAAACAUUCAGAUGACUUCAGUCCAAGAUCGGACACCAUUGAUGAAGUCACUGAGCUCCAAUCGGCACUUGGCGAAUGCUGGACGCUUUGUAACACUCUAUCUAAUCUAAGCUCUAACCAUCGUCAGCGAUACCUGACUGAGUCGCAAUUGGACAGUGGGCAGGAGCACGCGUGGAGAAGCUGCUGGUACCUUUGUCGGGAGCUUUAUGCGUCCUGCAACGAUCGUAGUAAUACCCUGCAUAUCCUGGAAAUUUGUCGAGAAUUCUGUCAAGCUUUAUUCGACGUUCGCCUAAAAGGCGACGAAAGUGUUGACUCUGUUCUAAGGGUGAGCUUCGAGAUGAACAACCACCUUUACAAUACACAUGAUCGUCAUCUUCCCGAAGCCUUUAGAGAAAGGACCCUGGAUUUCUAUGUCACUUUGUGUCAUCGCAUGAUGAAGCAGCAAACCUCGCUGGCUCGAGAAAAUGACGCCUUACUCAGAGCUUGCUGGUCCUUGGCCGAGACUCUCUUCAACCUGAGGCAGGUCGAUAAAGACGCAAGAAGGCUCGACGAGUUACUUGCAUCUGCUAUCCAGGCUUGCUGGAACUUGUCAGACAUCUUCAGAGAAGGCUGGAGUUAUCUUCGUCCUGAUAGGAGUACACCGCGACCUGACCAAAGUGGAUUCUCUUCAUCAGGAUCACACCGCUCGGCCGGUCAAUCCGAACGAGCUCCUUCAAGUUUGAGUAGCGAGUAUCACGAUGCACCAUCAUUACCGCCAGAGACCCCUACCACAAUCUUUGAUGAUGCAACUACAGCCUCGUCUCCAGAAUCUGUCAGUGUGCCCAAUAUCCUGGUGCUUGGUCCUGCUAUCCCGACGAGUCUCGCUGGGUCAUCACGCGGUACCAAACAUCAUGACCGUUGGUCUAGUAAUGCAUCAAUAUUGAGUGAUUACUCAGAAUCCGCAGACUCACAGCGUACAUCAUCCACUGCACGCGCAAGCUCUGAUGGCAAGCAUCUUCUCCGCUUACGAUAUUUGAUCCUUAAAGCGGCCCUCAACGCUGGCUUCUCUCGAGCGACUGGACAAACUGUCGUUGCAUUUGUCAAAUCAUUACCAGCCAGUGCUUUUGGCAAUCAGACAUGGCAGAUUCAUCUGGUCGAACAAUACAAGCGUCUCGUCUUUGUUGAUAAAAGUCUACGUUCCAUAGCAUCAAUGCCUGGCCGAAGUCUUACAACUGUAGAGAUCGCUAGGGCGGUGAAGUGGUUAGGCAGGAAUGAGGAAUGGCAAUGGUUGGAGAGCCUCUAUCGUCUGGUCCUAGGAUUUGGCGUCGAAGAAGCCGAAGUUAGGGGUGGUGUCAUCCAAAUCUGA